GCUCGCUGCUUCAGCAAUCGGCAAUCGGCAAUCGGCAAUCGGCACCCAGCAUCCAGCAUCCAGCAUCCAGCAUCUGCGUCCGCCAUCGUGGAUAUCUACGCAGUUCUCCCCUUCUCCUCCCAGAGCCAAGUCUCGCCGCGUUGCUCCCACCCACCCUCAGAUCCACGAUACUCGCACGAUCCUGAUCUCAGCUCAAAAUGCCGCAGUCCGUCACGCUGCAAGACCCAACGCCGCUCUCGCCGCAUCCAUUUUCAGUAUCCUUUCCAAAGAAGAGCUCCAAGGCCGCCAAAGCCAGCCCGCCCCCUCUCCCUCUCGUCUCGUGUGUGCCCGAUGUCGAUCUCGCCAGCGCUGAUCGCGCCGGCGACAUUGCGAUUGUGACCGUCCAGGGCGGCGGCGUCUAUCUCUACGACAUCGCCUCCCAGGAAUGUCUAAACUCGUGGUCCGUCCCGCCCGGACUCACAUUCUCCUGUCCAGCACUAUUCCUAUCCAAGGCCCCCGCCGCCAGCGAGAAUGUCGAGGCCGACAAUCGACUGGACGCCGAUAUCGAUCCCACCGUCGACUCGACGGAUGCUCACGAGGUCGCCGUUGAAAGCCUCGGACGAAGGGCCUCGGGCCACAUCUUUGCGGCGAUCGAGUCCACCACCAAGCCCCAGGACAAACCAGGACAGCUGAUUUGGUCAUGGAGGAUCGACGCUGCGUCGACACAAGAAAUCUCGAGGGAGCCCCAGUUCUCGAAGCAGGUCCCUCAUCCCGUAUAUAGUCUCAGCCCCAUCUCCGGACCUGCCACGUCAUGCAUUCUCGUUGUGUCUCGAACGGGAGACUUGGCCAUCUAUCCUCAGGAUCUGAGCAAUCCCCUGGCCGAACUCGCCCCGCGGUCGUCGGUGGGGAGAUCGUCUUCUGUGAUCUGGUCGAGCCUGCAGCCUGACUCGCAUGAGAAAUGGCCCAAAUCCCUGGCCGUGGCCCUGAGACACACUGCCGAAGCACAAAAGACCGUGUACUCGGUCCGCUUCAUCGAAAUUGCAUCCAAGGCCGGCCGAUUCAGCUUCCAUCUCACCGACGAAGUCGAAGUGCCCUCCCUCCCGAACUAUGCCCAUCCGACCGCGUUUGCCUACCAAAACUCGGAAUCUAGAGUCAUCAGCAUUGCAUACACCAACGGCAUCAUCAAGCUAUUUCAGCUGGAGAGCAAUGGUCUGGUCGAGAAAUUGUGUCUGUCUCUAGCGUCGUCGUCCCCGCUCAAAAAGUUUGAUGACAAUCUGUUUAGAUCGAUCGACAUAACGGCGCUCGACAAAUCGUAUUUGGCAGUGUCGUUUAUUCAGCAGGACACAUUGGACGCCCUUGUCCAUGUAUACGACGCCCAGUUCGGAACGUGCCAGGCCCAAAUGGUGGUCCAGUCCCUCUCUGAGCCAGCAGACAAUAUCAAAGGGCGAUCGUUGCAUCUCUCAACUCUGAGCUCGACCCUCUCUGGACCCAUUCUUGCUCUCACGGCCACCACAGUCUUCAAGUCCGAUGUCUUCAAGUUCACCGCAUCGUCCUUCACCCUCCCGUACUACUGUCCCAAGCUUGAUCUGCUGAGCGCCCUCGGCAAGGCACGCGCCCAAGGAACGAUCCUGCCGGCCGGGGAGACUGGCUUUUCCCCUCUGGGCCUCGUCGGGGUGGUGGACACUCCAAACCUCGCUAGCCAAUCAGAGCUGAGCUUUGCAAGUGACAGUGCGUUCAUCUCUGCGCUUCAAAAGCCCAAGGGAUGGAAGGACGGCCAGCUUGUCGAAUUCGAAAACCUGGUCGGGGGCUGGCUUGGCUCCAAACUACCCUCCAAGCCGGCCCAAAAGACCGACAUUAGUGCAUUCGAGUACGUUGACAUUUCGCAGCCUCUCCAAGUUGCCUUGGUCAAUACUUGUUUCGAAGAUCCCGCGUCGUUCUGGCCGCGGAAAGUCCUCAAGUAUCUCCUCAAAAACGGCAUCGUUACGAACGCCAUGAAUGACUCGGAGACGUCAUAUAUGCGGAAAGCGCUCCUCAAGGGUGAUCUCGAGAUUGUGGCCUUGAUUCUGCAGCACGUCGUCGAUCUGAAGGAAAGGGAUGUUGUUUUGGCUGUGCGCUACAUCUGCGGCGACACGGAUCAGUUCGAUAUCCCCAUGGACAAGCGCCUGAAGCAGCUCAAAGACGCCUUUUCAGUGCACCGGCACCCAGUCUUUACCAAGAACUACUUUGAGGCUGAGUCAAGCGAGAUCGAAUGCGAUCUGACGGUACCACAGCGGUACUUCCUGGAGCUCUGCUUUGCCGUUCCUAGAAACGAUCAUCACUUUACUGUUGCCCUUCGGCAGCUGCAAGUAAAUCAAGUCGAGCUGCUGCUGCGAUGGGUGGGCUCUGUUCUGGUCGUCGGAUCAGAGCGCGUUGAGCCCGAUAGCGUCAUCGAGCUGGCUGCCGAGUCCAAGGAAACCGAGGCCCGCAAAUCAAAAUCUACCAAGGUCGCGCUGCUCGAGCAAGGUCGCCAGAUACCAUCGGAGUGGCUGUGGGACGAUGAAGGAAGCGCACGCUACCAAAAGAUUACCAAGGCCUUGGACACCCUGACGCUGCUGCUGGAUGCGCAUCUCCCAGUUGUCAUGCUUACUCCGGAGCUGCAUCCCUUGCUCUCCACGGUUGGCUCGGCCGUCUCCAACGCCACGCUGCUGCUGUCGAUCUUGGAGAGGCGUCUGAAGGGGGCCCUGCUGCCAUUCCACCAAGAGGAGGAGAGGGCCAAGCGCGCCCUUGUUCGCGAAAAGAUUCGCCAGGAGAGACUCAGGAAGGAGCAGGCCCAUAUUCGGUCUGGAGGCCAGCAGGGCGGCAAGCGGUGGCGCCGCAUGGUCGCCGAUGUCGAGGGCGCUGGCAAGUACCGUGUCGAGGUGUUCAAAAUAUAGAUGCCACCGUCGCUGAAACGGUUGGUGGUUCAGCCAGUCGAAUGGGAAGGAACGUGGCUCCUCCCUUGGUGCUCGCGGGCAUCUGAAUUGUACCCCAGGCCGU